AAAACCAGAAUGGGUCACAGAGCGAGGAAGUCUAGCUCGCUCUCUCUCCAGAGUUACUGUAGACCACGGCCAUGGAUGUGAAACACCAUCGCUGCACGUUGGUGAAGCCGGCGGAGAGCCUCCGCCGGAAAUUCCGGCUCAACAUCUUCGACAAGAAGGCCUCCGACCUGCACAUCGCCGUCCUCUUCCUCUACAACAAACCCGGCACCUCUCCCAACUCCCAAAUCAUGCUCGGCCUCUCCAAGGCGCUUUCCUACUACCCCCAGCUCGCCGGCCGCCUCUCCGACGGCCACUUCGUCGUCGACGACGACGACUGCGGCGUCCCCGUCUUCGAGACGACGGUCACCGGCCAGCUCGACGACUUCCUCCCGCUGGAGCCCUCCCCUUCCCUCUACGACCUGCAUCCGCACCCGGAGGGCUCCAAUCCCAUGCUCAUGGUGCAGCUCAACCGGUUCGACUGCGGCGGGCUGGUGAUCGGCCUCUGCGCCAGCCACAAGGUCGCGGACGGGCAGGCCAUGAGCAACUUCUUCCUGUCCUGGUCUCAGCUGGUGAGGUCGCCGGAGACGGAGCUCGACCGCCGGCCCAUCCACGACCAAGAGUCCCUCCUUGUCCCCAGGAACCCGCCGGUCUGCAGCCACCCCCACGAGAGGAUCGAGUUCUCGGACUCCCCACCGCCGGCGGGCGACACCGCUGACGUGAGCGACAAGAUCCACAAUCUCGUCGUCAACUACUCAUGGGAAUUUGUAAACGAACUCAAGAAGAGGGCUUCAUCCGCCACCAGCCCCGCCGGGUUCCAGCCCAGCACCUUUGCCUGCCUCCUCUCCCACGUCUGGAGGAAGGUGAGCAUCGCCCGCGGCCUGCGGGACGACGAGGUCACGUCGGUGCGGGUGCUGGUGAACGGCAGGCCCCGGCUGGGAAUCGCACCCGAGUUUUUUGGGAACGUGGUUCUGGACGCGUAUCCGAAGACCACGGUGGAGGAGCUCGUGAAGGAGGGAGUUGGGUAUGGCGCAAGAUUGAUCAAGGAGGCUGUCGGAAAAGUUGAUGGCGACUACUUCCAGUCUUUCAUCGACUUUGGGGAGGUGAACAAGGAGAAGGAGCUGGUGCCUUCACAGGACGUAGGCGACAACUUCUUGAGCCCAAACUUGGAGGUGGAUAGCUGGUUGGGCUUCCGCUUUCACGAGGUGGACAUGGGGGCGGGGGCGCCCUACGCCUUCCGCCCCUCUUGGAUCCCCAUGGAAGGCCUUGUCAUCUUCGUCCCUGCGCCUUCUGAAAAGGGCGGCGUCGAUCUCAUAAUCACGCUCUUCAAGGAGCACGCAGAGAUGUUCAAGAAGAUUGCGCACUUCAUUGACUGAUAGCGCCAUUGUUUUCCCAGAGAUUUUGCACUCUUCUUCUGAUGCUGAGUUAAUUAAUGCAUUCGUGCUUGCUCUUUUUCUUCUUUUUUUUUUUAAUCAAAGAAGAGCCAGUUGUAAUAACAGACACAGAGUAAUCAAUGCAAUUCCAUACGUUAUAAGCCUAA